UUAUAUUUAUAGCCAUUUUACAAAGAUAUCUUACCUUAUAAGAUGGUAAAACAGCUUAUAACUGUGUAAUGUGAUUAAAAUGUGUUUAUGUUAACACAGAAUAACCGCAGGAAGGCUCGCCUUGUGAGAUGUAAAGCUGGUUAAGUUGGCGUUGACUAUGCUAAGCUAACUCCUCAGGUCUUCUGCAAAUUAAUUUCAAUACUUGGUCACGGAUGCACUCUUAAAGACUUCCAUUCUGCUCUCAGCUACCAGAAGUCCUGACCACAGCCUUCUUCAUUACACCACCCGUUAUGAAAUAGUUCACAGGAGGUGAUCUGAUUAAACUGUAUGUUCACUGCCACAUGGAGCCGAUCAGUGAUAUUGAAGCCCAGCAUCUUGAGUCUGUGACUGCGGAAGAAGGUGUUGAUCGUGAACUGAGGUCAUCAGAAAGUUUUCACGAACCUGACAGUGGAAUCAUUUCAGUACAGCUUUUGGAGUUUAAGACCAGUCUCCUCGAGGCAGUGGAGGAAUUGCAUAUCCACAGGGAUUCUGAAGUUCGGCAUGAGGCUCAAAUUUGUAAACUUGUACUGGAGAAGCAAGAACUGGAGUGGCAGAAGGAGUCUUUACAAAGUCAGGUUGACAGGAUGUCAAGACAACAUUCAGAAUCACUUGCAGCUGUUAAAAAGCAGUUUCAGGCUCAGGUCAGAGGAAUUGAGGGAGAGAAGGGGAAGCACCAGCUGAGUGCUGAAUUGAAGGACAAAGAGAUCACCAGUCUGAAAGAAGAACUGAAGCUGCUGCAGUUGUUCAAGUACAGUUUGGAGAAGAAAUUAAGCGAGCUGGAGCAGAAGUUGCAGCUGCAGGCUCAAGUGAAGGACAGACAUCUGAAUCAGCUGGGAGAGGUGGAGAAGCGUUUCGAGGCCGUCACAAGGCAAAGCGCCAUGGUGAAACAAGCACACGGGAAACUGGAGCAGAACGUGGAGGAGGCAAUGCGGCUUAACAAAAAGCUUUCAUCCAUCAACAAAAAACAAGAAUCUACAAUUGCUGCCCUAAAAAAGGAUGCGGAGCGGCUUAACAGUGAAAUGGUAAAAUGCAAAGUUGCGUCAAUCUACAGAUCUGGAGAGGAGAGUUCUAAUUUUCUCCUGAAAGAACAACAACUACAGGAGCUUCAACAAAGGCUUAUUGUGGAGAAGGAGCUGAAUAAGAAACUCAGAAAUGAAAAUGAUGUGGAACUGGCAGAGCGGCAGAAGCUGAUGAGCUCUCUCCAGCAUGCCCAGUGGCUACUGCAAACUCAGACCCAGGCUGUUUGCCGAACCGAACAGCAGCUCCUCACACACACAGAGGAGUUCCAGGUCCUUAAACGAGAACAUGAAAUGAGCCAAGAGAGGAGUAAAGAAAAAGAGGACAGCCUUAUGCAGAUGAUAGAGGAGUACAAAAAUUCCAAACUCACUUUGGAAAAAGAGAUAAAGACGCUGCAAGCAAAGAUGCAGGCAGAUCAGGAAGAACUGAGGGCUGUGAAAGAAGCAUACGAUCAUCUUCAUGAAACAUAUCAACUGUCCUCUAAAGCAACUCACCAAGCCAAAAAUAUUUACUGCUUAGAGAAUGGUUUGGAGGAUAGCUUCAACAUCCAAACGGAUCCUUCUACCAGCUUAAACUGUGACGCCCAUCUGAACACAGCAGGCAAUCUCAGUAAUGGUGCAUCUUUAGAUGCUGAAGUUGGUCAAAUCAGUCCUCAAAACGGCUAUGAACAAACGAGGCACCGCAAAGAGGUUGAAGACAUUCCAGAUGAAAGGACUGCCGAGUGUCAAGAAACAGCAAAAGAUGACUGCUUUCAUGGUGAAAGUGGUGAGGUUAACGUUUAUUCACAGACAGAUCAAUCUGUUCUUGUGCCUCCAUCUUCACAAGUUCUCGAUGCUUUGGCUCCAAGUCAGUCAGGGAGGAGUGAGAACAUCAGUGGAGCUAAUGUAUAUGUGAUGAAUACAGACAUAGAUCCACUUGUCAAAAAGGCAACUAGUGUCAUUAAAAACGCACCAGUCCAAGGAACGUUUGAUAGUGGUUGCCCUACGAGUGUAGUGCAAAGUUACACAGACAGCUGCCUCGCUAAGCUAUCAGAACACGAAACCAGGUCUGUUUAUGGGGUGGCCAGUGACCCAUUGAUGUCUGAAUCAAGGGAUAGGCCAGAGGAGCAGAGUCUGGGUGUCUCUGAAAUGCGAGAGCACCAGACAUCAGAUAAACACACAUCUGAGACAUCUCAGACCUCUGACAUAAAAGACGUUGAGCCUCAGACCACAGCACCUGGGACAAACAGUCUUUUAAGUGUCUUACCAACUGAUGGUGAACUUCGCACAGAAGGACCAAAACGUCCUGUGGCAAGUGAUACAAACUCAUUGCUUCAAGAAAAAGAUGUGUUAAAAUCUCAAAUGAAGCACAUACAGUUAGAUGCAGCUAAUUCAAGUCCACCACAACAAAUUGUACCUCAACCGGCAGCCUCUCCUCAUAAGAAAGCCUUGGCCGCCACAGUUCUUGAUACAACCUUUAGACAAUCUGAUGAUCAGUUCUCACAACUUCAGGGGAGCCCUUUGUCAAGGAGUGGAAUGCACCAGGAGGCAUUAGAAGAUAUAAGCAAAAAUGCAGAAAAAACUCAUUCAAAAUCCAUUCCAGAGUUGAGCUUGUCCUCUCCAAGCACUAUGGCUAUCAUUGGUAAUUUAGCAGAAGCGCCCGGUGGAAAUGAAAGAGAAGAUAAUUGUAUUGCUGCCCCAUCUGCUAAGUUCAUGAGAGACCAGCAGAAAGCAGAUGAAUCCCCAAGUCCUCUUAUCUCAAAUUUGCAAUUAUCCAGUGUUAGACUCACUAAACAAGGCAGCCACCUAAAUGAUAUGGAAAAGCAAGUUAAUGAUAAAGAGCCUUUCUACCUUGAUGACAACAAUAGAUUCAGAUCGUUUGACCAAAGGAUGUCCCAAAAAGAAACCCUGAACACAUGGUUGAAAUGCUCACAGACUGUUGCAGGUGUUUUACCAGCGGAAAGCAAAAAUAAUUCCUCAGCAUCUUCAAGUCCCAUAAUUUCAGAGCAGAAAUCCGUGCUGCCCUCUGGCUUCCAGGAGCUUCGUACAACACAGAGUACACCUUUAUUUUCAAGACGCAACUUAAGAAAUCGAGGUGCUUCAGCAAUUACCCAGCCUCUUGACAAGUUGAACGUUUUAAACAUUCAUCCUGACCCAAAGAGUAAUCACCACGAGGAAUGGAAUGCAAUCAAGCAGACCUUUUCUGAAAUCUCAGUUGAGAAAGAGAGUAGAGUUCCCAUCUCCUUUGGUUCAGCUCAGCUAGGCAGCCCAGCGGCUCGGUCCGUGGGUAAUGGGUUGAAACAUGACUGCACUCCUACUCUCCCUCCCAGACUCCACAGCUUGGGAAAAGUGUCUCGGCCUGUGUCUGAGGGAAGUACGCCCACACCUCAAGUGAAAGAGGACCAUCAUCAGUCAGACAUCAGGGCCCAGAUUGCGAAAAUUGACCAGUUUCUCGCCUCUGAAGGGUUCAGACCACAGAAAAGACGGAGGGUCGAGAAAUCUGAGGUUUUGGAGGUUUCGAAACAUUAAAUUAAAAGGAACAUCUCAAGUUAAAUGGUUAAAUGCACCACAUCAGUUGUUUUAGAGAUUACACUUGAAUUGUUUUUGUUGCCCAAUUGCAGUGUGUUACAUCUGUGAUUACAUAAUAAAUUAAUUGGUUGUGUAA